AUGUAUCGCCGCUGGCGCCAAAGCGAGUGGGGGCGCGCUCUUCGGCAGCGCAAGGAUGCCAGUGCGGACAGACACUGGGUCGGUACGUCCUUUGAUGUGGGCGUGUUUCUCGGAGUCGAUACACUGGACAAGACCUCUCGGGUUGGCGCUGAAAGUAGCACCUCAAUAGUGGCGGCGACCUCCAAGCAUGCCAGUGCCCCUGCUUCAACAGGCACGGAGACAUUCGUCACUGCCCCUCAGUCCAAUACGGCAGGGAAUGGACAAGCCUUGGAUUCCGUUUCUACUCCGGCUCAGCGAUCCAAACUUGAACAAGCGAGCCAUCGACCAGCCGUCCCAUCUGAGGACGACAGACAGAGCGCAGCGGACUCGUCCACGGCCCUACUCAGUUCGACUUCUCCAGGACCAAGCAGGUCUACCAACGCGCAUACAGAACACCCAACCAGCCCGAAUGUGCCUGGUGAUAUCCAGCAACUCCCCUCAAUGACGGACACCCACAAGGGCAAGGGCAAGAUGCACGUCCAUUACUCGGAUCCUGAGCCUGCCCCACCGUCGGAGGUCCUCACUCGGACUGGAGAGGCUGUGGAAAAUACGAGCGCAGGCGCGGCACAGCAGGCCGAUCCUACGACGCAUGUUGCUUGGGGAGACGUUAUCCUGCGAGACAGGAUGCUCAUCAAAUUCUCUCACAUCGAGGCAGAGGCACUCCCGUCGAACUUCGACGAAUGGCACAACCGCACCACCGGUCACCUUUACAAUGAGGAUUGGAAGGACUACAUUGUCGUAUGGCGGAAGGAUAGGCUGGAGUUGUACAAGAGCCAUAACAUGCCAGGUAAAGACUGGAUGCUGGGGCAUCCCAAGCUUGUCUUCAUCGUUCCGCUUGACGCAUCAACUACGCGGCUAUCCCUGUACUCAUUCGUCGACCUGACCUUCUGUAUUGUAUGUGCGCCUGCGCCCCUGAAGCACCGCUCGAAGAGGCGAUGGUUGUACGGAUCCAGGAAAGGGCUCAACAUCUUCAUCUUCAAGCUCAGGAGCCGCAGCCGGGCGACCGACUGGUUAUGGUAUCUCUGGCGCCAUAUGGGCAACGCGCUCCCCGACUUCCUAGAGGUGCUCUCACCCACACUUGAGACGCGCAUCAAGAUCGACAUGCCCGGAUCAGAAGGCAAGGACGUCGCCGGCGUAUACGCCGUCUUCAGCCCGAAUAACGUCCUGCAGCUCUGCCAGGAGCACCUGAUGAAGAUGCCAGAGUACCAAGGCCUGCUGGGUGCUCGUCUCGCGGCGGGGGAGGAGCUGGCGCUGGCGUGGCGGUCGGGGAUGAACCUCGACUGGGUAUGGCAGCUUGAGGACGUUCGGGGGCAUCCACGCAAGUGGGCUGUGCUCGCCGGCCUCGCACUCAAUCAGCAGGGAGGCAAGCCAGCGCACCUGGAAGUCCGUCUGAAGGACCACCUGCCCACUCGGCUGCACCUGGGGGACGGCACACGCCUGGACGAGCCACCCGCUGUGGAGGGCUACGUCGAGCGUAUUCGGCCGAACUCGCAGCUACGCCAGCCGCUCUACCUCACAACACACGAUGGGUACCUGUUCACGCUCCUCCCCGCGCACGCGCAUCAUCCGCCUCCGCCGGGGUUCGUCCCGCCGGAGACGGAGCCGGACGCGCUGUGGAGGGACGAGGUGCGUCGGGGCGCGGAGCAGGUGUUGAGGGCGACGGGGAUGAUGGACCUGAGGAGCAUCGUGGCGGUGAGGAGGGCGUUUCAGCUCUUGCCGAGUCGGGCAGACGAGCUGCCGGAGAGGGGCGAGGGUGCGCAGGAGUGGGAUGAGACUGAGGAGUUUUGGCGGGCUGUGGAGAGGAUGGAGGGCGACGAUGAGGAUGUGGGUGGGGAGGCGGGGUUGGCGAGAUGCUCCGUGCAGGAGAGGCCGCGGCUGAGGAUGCGUCGAUCAUUCGAGCUGUUGUUGACCACGGGCAACGUGGUGCGCUUCGAGGCGUACUCAUGUCAGACAACGCUGGAGUGGAUCGUCCGCCUCAGGCCUCUCAUAUCCUACUGGCGAAGAUGGCAUCACGCAAGUGCUCAUCAGGAGAUGGAGCUCGUGCACCAGAGUACUGGGCGCGCACGGAUUACUCCUCUCACGCACGUUUUCGAGGAUUUGGACAGGGGUCCUGAACCAAUUCCUGACCCGGACGCACCCAUUCCAGAACUGAGCACCGUUUUCAACUGGUGUGUGCUGGAAGGCUGCCGGCCGAUCGUCAAGUGCGGCAAGCUAUUUGCUAGGAAGGGGCUGAAGGGCCAGUACAAGCACGUCCAGCUCACGCUGGUGCAGGGCAACCUCAUCCAGUUCCGAAAGACUGGACGCAAUUCGCUCCAUCAUCGGCCAGACAGGCUGAUCAACUUACUCGACGCCUCCGUCAUCUCCGGCUACCUCGCUGCCCAGUACCUCCCCGAGGGCGAGUACGACCCGGACGCCCCGCGCGUGGCUCGGCGGUACCAGGACGGCCUCGAGACGGACGACGGCGACGAGGACACCCUUUUCAUGCUGUGGCAUCGGACCAUAAAGGCAGGGGGCGACGAGAUCGAGCGGAUACACCAGGCCGCGGGAGAGGGGGCGCCGCCGCUGAAGAUGAAGCGGAAGCUGGCAGUGUUCCGGACGAGGAGCAAGGUCGAGCGGGAUGCGUGGGUGUGGGCAAUCAAUGCGGAGAUUGAGAAGGUUGUGCGGGCGACAUUGGGUAGGGAAGAGAGGAUUAGAGAGGCGGGGAACGUACCAGGGACAUAA